UUAAAACUUGAAAACCAAUCACCAAAACACACAAACACAAAAACAAACUAACCUAAAACCACACCAAUCCCAUAUACAUCAAAUCAUCAAAAAAUAAAGAAUUGAUAAAAAUGAGAGGCAGAGAAGGCAAAGGCCCUCCUCCUCCCUCCACCGAUCUCCUCGUAUGCUUCCCUACUCGGGCUCACCUCUCCCUCAUGCCCAAGCCCGUCUCCUCCAGCCCGGCCCGCCCCCACCACCGCCGCCGCCCCUCCCUCCUCAAAUCCUCCACCAACAACGAGGCUGACUCCGAGCCCACCUCCCCGAAAGUGACAUGCGCCGGCCAAAUCAAGGUCCGCUCCUCAAAGCCCAAUUCCUGCAAAAACUGGCAAUCCGUCAUGGAGGAGAUCGAGCGGAUGCGCAAGCAGAAGAAGCGCCCCCCCUGGGCCGCCGCGCUGGGCUUCAAGAAGGAGGCCUUGCAGUUUCUAACAUGCCUGCGCAACCUCCGCUUCGACUUCCGCUGCUUCGGAUCCAUCCCCGCCGCCGAGAUCAGCUCCGACGACGACGAAGAAGAAGAAGAAGAAUUAGACAACAAGGGCUCCUCUGGAGGAGCUGUGUUUUCCAAGUGGUUCAUGAUUUUGCAAGAGGAGAACAAUAGUCAAUUGAGGAAAGAGGAGAGUGUGGUUGAAGUGGUUGAAGAGGCGGCGCCGCCGGCGAAUGCGCUGAUGCUGAUGCGCUGCAGGUCGGCGCCGGCGAAGAGCUGGCUGGAGGAGAGAGAAGAAGAAAAAGAAGAAGAAGAAGAAGAAGAAGAAGAAGAAGAAGAAGAAGAGAAGGGGGCGGAAUUUUGUGAAUUUGCGGUGGAGAUUGGGAAGGAGGAUUGGAUUCAAGAGAGGAUUUGCAGAAGCAGGAGUUGGAAGAGAUGAUGAUGCUUUGAGAGAUGUCAUUACGGUUUCAUUUUUUUUUAUUUUUUUUUUAUGAUUAAAUAGUUUGUGUUAAGACAUAAAAGUGAUUUAUAUUUGUAUGUGGUUUUUAUGUGUACUAAUUUGUGUACAGCAAGCCAUUUUUCCA